AGUGGGGUGGAAUAGAACAGAAAAGGGUGGGGUAAUAAAGCAAAGAGGUAAAAUAUACAAGAGAUCCAUGUGGUUUGCACGAAGCAAAUCGAAAGUCUCCCACCACUAGUCGUUUAUAGUGUGGCUCACAAUUCUCGAAGCUUGAUUCUCGAUUCUUGAAGGGGCACACAUGCUCGGCUUCGUUCCCUCGACUUUGUAAGACAUCGGAACCUCCUUCACUGUGGUCCUCAAACGAGCCUCGUACUCCGUCAGGUACACAUCUCUUCGCUCACCUGCAUUCAACUUACUGUCUCCUGUUUAAUUUAUAACAAAAAGAAAAAGGGAAAAGAAAGGUGGGUGAGAAAAUGAAGUUCAUGUGGACGUUGUGCGGUUUGUUCCUGAUCGCCAGUAUCGUUGCUUCCAAUCCAAUAGUAAAAAGAGAUGCCGAAAAUGAUCUGAGCCCUUUGAAUGAAGUGUACGUAUUCGAGGCUGACGAGGAUCAAAGUGUUGACGAUGAGAGAGCUGACAGAGAUAAGAGAAAAAUUGGUGUCGUCAAAUUGGGAGUAUCAAAUGGUAUUAUCAACUUUGUCUUUGGUAAAUUAGAUGCCUUCCUGGACGCUAAGACAAAAGCAUUAACGAUAUUGGACGAAUCUAAUAAAGCUAAGAACGCAAUUUUUGGCAUAGACAAUAGUCAAUCAGCAACCAGUCAAUUUAUCGGCAGUCUCGUCUCUCAGAAGAUUCAAGCGGGUACGGCCAGUAUCAAUCCGGUGAUAAACAGUGCCUCGACAUUUUUUAAUACUGCGAAGAGUGGAUUGGCCAGUGCGUUCGUUUCAAAAUUGGCGCCAUUGAGUUCUAUUGUCGGUGGUCUUAGUGGUGGAGGAACAGCUACAGGUGGUGUCAGCGUUGGUGGAGGAGUCAGCGUAGAUAAUGGAAGUUCUGGUGCAGGAGCAUCCCAAUUAUUGGGUAACUUGCUCUCCUCAAAAGUAGGAAUUAUAUCAAACCUGAGCUCCGGUAGUAGCGGUGGAACUUCCGAUACUUCGAGCGGAAGCGGAACCAAUGCUAACUCUGGUACCUCUGCUGGAAUUAAUCUUGGAGCGUUCGCGAAUCUAGGAGGGAAAACUGAGAGCGGUUCUACAACGACAACAACGGAGGAAAAUAUUCCGAUGUUCGAUAGACAAAAGGUAUCAUUGGAUAUACCGCCACGUAUCUUUGGUUCUGGCUUUACUUUGAUCACGAACAUAAGUAGAAUUCUCAACAACAUUAUUCUUAAUUCAGCCCGUCGAACACAGACACUCCUAGAAAUCUUCAAGCCCUUUUUUCGUGGUGUCUUCGCUAUAAAAGGUUUACCAUCGGAUAAUCCACAAUAAUGAAAUUAUUCAUUAAACACAUUGACAUAUCGUAGAAUCCUGAGAAAAAAGAUUCAAGAUUCAUAAUCGAUUUUCCAUCUCUAAGUGAUUUAGUCGAUUUGAUUACUACAAUUCUUUUUAUCGAUUCUAAUAUUAUCGAUCACAUCGAUCCAAUUUUCUUUUUUUAAUUUUAUCACAUCAUACUAAUAGGAAUAUAUUUGCAAUGGAAUUUUUACUAUUGUAAAAAACGUUUUUAGAAAGAGAAAAGGUGAACAAAAAAUGAAUAGGAAUAAUAUUACAAUAAUAUUAUAAUAUAUAUAUAUAUAUAUAUUAUAAUAUUAUUAUAUUAGUAUGUGGUGCAUACAGUAAAACAGUAAGCUUCCUAGAAAGAUGCCAUAAAGAGUUGAACGAAUGAGGAUACAAUAUUUUUUUAUUAUUAUUGUUGUUAUAAUAAACGAUUUUAUAAUAGAGAAGUCACUAACGAUCGUU